ACACAGACACACACGCACACAUUCACACAUACACCCACGCACGCUUAGCACCCCACUCACACACACACACACACUCACACUCACGCAGACCCACUCCUCUGUACCAUGGCAGAGUCCCACCUGCAAUCAGCCCUCAUCACAGCUUCCCAGUUUUUUGAGAUAUGGCUUCAUUUCGACGCAGACGGAAGUGGUUAUCUGGAAGGAAAGGAGUUGCAGGAUUUGAUCCAGGAACUUCAGCUAGCACGCAAGAAGGCUGGAUUGGAGCUAUCACCUGAGAUGAAAACCUUUGUGGAUCAAUAUGGUCAGAGAGAUGAUGGAAAAAUAGGAAUUGUAGAGUUAGCUCACGUAUUACCCACAGAAGAGAACUUUCUGCUGCUCUUCCGAUGCCAGCAGCUGAAAUCCUGCGAAGAGUUCAUGAAGACCUGGAGGAAAUAUGAUACUGAUCAUAGUGGCUUCAUCGAAACUGAGGAGCUGAAGAACUUUCUGAAGGAUCUACUGGAAAAAGCAAACAAGACUGUGGAUGAUGCAAAAUUAGCUGAAUAUACAGACCUAAUGCUGAAAUUAUUUGAUUCAAAUAAUGAUGGAAAACUGGAGUUAACUGAGAUGGCCAGGUUACUGCCAGUGCAGGAGAACUUUCUACUUAAAUUUCAGGGAAUCAAAAUGUGUGCGAAAGAAUUCAAUAAAGCCUUUGAGCUAUAUGACCAGGAUGGCAACGGAUACAUAGAUGAAAAUGAACUGGAUGCUUUACUGAAGGAUCUGUGUGAGAAAAAUAAGCAGGAACUGGAUAUUAAUAAUAUUCCAACUUAUAAGAAGAGCAUAAUGGCUUUGUCGGAUGGAGGGAAGCUGUACCGAACAGACCUUGCCCUGAUUCUCUCUGCUGGGGACAACUAGAGUUGAUGAUUGUGACUGCUUACACUAGCGAUACACUGUACCUAAAACAAUAACUGUGCACUAUAAAGGAGUAGGCUGUAUUUUCUUUUAUAUCUGUAAAUUUAACUGCAUAUAGGUAAUUAUCCAGGAUGUGUGGUACAUUCUUUUCAGCUUGUUUCUAUACUGUUUGUAAUGUACAGAUUUUAUAUGAUUGAAAAGGAGAAUGUUUAUGCUUAGACCAGUCAAUUCACCCAAUGAAAAAAAUUAACCUAACACUAUGAAUUUCAUAAACAUUAUUGGUAAGAUUUCCCUAAAUUUUCCUCCAGGAUAAACUAUUUAAAAUUGUAGUCUCUGAGGUGCGAAUGUACAUUGGUCACUAAACAGGAGAGUUAUAAAAAAUAAGCCAAGGAUUCUUGUUUGAGGCAAUCGUAAUUCUGUCCUUGACAAUCUUUCUAAGUUAUAUUUCCAGUUGUCAGGGAGAAAGGUCUUUGGCUCCUAAAAUACAACACAGUAAUCAAUAGUUAAAUGUGACUCUAUGAAAUUAUUCUUAUGAUACAAGAUUUUAGUUCAUUACUCAAGAACAGGCCUAUUGCUUGAAUCGAUAUUCAGCUAUUAUUGGUUCGAGUUGACUUGAUCAUAAUGGAAGGCAGUGCCGAAAACUCUCAAAUCUGUCUGAGUCUAUAUCUGUGUUUCCAACAAGCCUGCUGUCAGAAUAUGACCUUAAUCCAUUUUCUAAACUGUUUUCUUGUGAUGCUGAUUAUUAUUAUUCUAGAAAACUGCUAUUUUAUGUAAUAUUCUGUGUGAUCUCUAAUUAAAUUUAAUAUAACGAGUAUCCUAGUGUCAAGUUGGCAUACUUCCUGGAUUUUCUUUUUAUGUAGAAUUGUUUAUUUCCAGCAAGGGUACCUGCUGCCUUUGAAAAUAUUUUUUUCUAGCUAUAACAACUCUAUUUUUUACUACAUAAUUGAAUUUUAAUGUAAAACCAUAGCAUCCUGAUUGUUCAAUGUUAUAUCAUCGAUAAUUUUGUGUACUCUGUGAAUUCUAUAUUUCAUAUUGAGAUAGUAUUCAAAAUAGUUCCAUUUCUACCUGCAAUUAGUUUCAAAUAAGUUAAAAUAACAUGUGAAAAGAAAUAUUCAUGCAAUCAUUAAUCUUAUUUAAUAAGGGAAAUCCUAUACCAUUCUUUGACCCAUACCCAAAGCACAUUUCAUAUAUUGGUAACUAGUAUAAGGUAUAUUGAUUGCAACUGACAUGCAAUUGUUGGUGAUUUCAUAUUCUUUUAAUGUAAGCAGGGGGCUAUGAGAGAUGUCUUUUGGAAAUACAAAAUUACCACCAAAGAGUUGUGGUUCUGGGUCAUUUUGAUUAUACCCAUUCUAUAAAUUCAGCAUGAACUUUUUCAAAUCACAGAAACAACAACAAAAACUCUUUCCUUAAAAACUGAACAUAAAAACAGUCAAAAAAUUAUAUCAAAUAAUGUGAGUGGUAGAUUGAGUUUGCUUUUAGUGUGAAAAUGGAAGCACUGACCUUAGGCUGAAUUUAACUACUAAGAAUAAAUAAAGAGGAAAAUAACUCUAAA